GAUAUACUAUGUCUAUGUCCCUUCCAUCUUCCACUGCCAUCAGCAGUCCAUUCUGUCGAUGGUACUAUAAUCUAUAAUUCUCUGAACAGAAGCCGAGGCUGAGGUUACUGCUUGAAUCGAACGAUAUUGAGGGAAUGGCUCUUCGAUUAGGACGAAAACACGUCGAAUUAGCUGGGAAAUGGCUUCCAACUGCGAUGACCUAUGGAACUGCUGGAUCAUUAACAUUUUUGUAUUUCACCGAUUGGAAAGCAGUAUUGCAAUAUGUUCCUUUCUAUAGUGGCAAAUAUGAGGAAUAAAUCACACAAUAGUCAUAUCAGUUCUCCGAUAUGAUUAUGUAAUAAUUCUAUUGGAACUAUAUAGAGAUUUUAUUGUACCGUACUAUUUACAUCUUUUGUUUAUUUAAAUAAGAAUAUUAAUAAAGAAUCAUAUAAAUAACAAUGUAGCAAUAUACAAUAUUGUCUUGAUUUCAACUUUCAUUUUGUUCCUGCUGUAAAGUUCUUUUCUUGCGUAGCUCGUAAAUAAUGUUUGCAUGUUCUUCUGCUUGGGCACUUCUAUUUUUCAUAUACCAUGGUUUUACAUAAAUCCU